UGGAAGCUCCCAAUGUCAGUGCUGCAACGACUCGUCUCGGAGUGAUCGGAGGGCCCGGUGCAUACCUGGGUUGGCUGGAUCAUGUUUUGCCGCAUUGAAGACCUCGAGUGGACCUGAGGACGGGGGUAUUCUGUCAGUGUGCUGCUGUGCAAUCAACGGGCCAGCAAUGCUCAUGUCCUACCCAUAGCGUCUAGCGUGUCCAUUCCCUCGUGCUGUCACGACACCUCAGUCAGCACCUGAUCAAGCUGGAGACUAAUAUGUAGCUCUGAUGCAUCGGUAUGGCACUUACGAGGGUGAUGAGAACCUUGACCGGCUCGUAGUCGGCGGCUUCCUCAACGAUUGCACUCAUCUUGACGGUAUUGCAGGUGUGUUUGGUGGACUGUGAAUGAUGGUGAUGGAGAUGAAGGAGGAGGAGGAGGAGGAGGAGGAGGGGAUGCAGGAGGAUGAGGCUUAAGUCAAAGAGGAAGGAGCAAGCUCUUCUUGUAUUAUGGAGGAUAGCGGGGAUGGCACAGUCAGGGAAGGUAUGAUCAGCCCAUUGGUUCUACCUAUGACUGAUCUCGUGUGACGACGCUCGUGACCUCGUCUUCACUUCCAUGCCAGAAAAGAAGCUCGUAGCUCUGUCCCCUCGUUUACCCUGGGAAAGUUUGUGGGGUGCAUACAAGAAACACGCUAAGGAGGACUUGGAUCGACGAAGGGCAUUGCGCUGCCUUGGACCAACGAUGAAAGGCAUUGGAACUGCGGACGAGAGUACCUCUAUGCUUGCUCCGGAGCACGUCUACCAAGAUCACGGUCCGUAUUUCUCAUGCUGAGUUGUCGUCCUCUCGAUCGCCCCACGCGUUGCAUGUCAUACCCACAUAGCUACCUAUCGUUUAAUCUCCUUUGUAUGGCGGUACGGCUCGGCGACAUCCGGACAUGUCAUGGUUUCAUAAGUCGAUCACCCCACUUGUGGUUACAAUGUGGUGGUAUACCUCCUGCACGUCCACCAAUGAAGGACUAUAUGGAUAUUGCUGUAGCUGCAAUGCUGCAGGCAGAAAUAUGAAGAAAGCUCGUGGGAUUUCUCGGCUCAUAUCUGGCGAAUGCUCGUCAUUGCGGGUGUACUCUACUCUCCAUAGG